AUGCCGGGACCGUCCGAUCUGUCCGCUCUUCCCGGCCCAACAACACCGCGUAAGGCCAGGAAGCCUCAGACACCGGCGAGACAGCUCGCCCUACCGCCUACUCCAGAAAGCUUGCCAAAAGCUGCCAAGCGGCCUCGACGCUCAGCGGUGCAAUCAGCGUCAGGGGCGGCAGAACCGUCGGCAGCAGGACCAAGCGUAGAACCUGCUACGAUUGGGCAAGAUGGACAUACGGGAAAAAUACAUCUCGCUCAAGAGCGUCUGAUGCAUGACCCAUGGAAGCUAUUGGUGAUGACCACUCUCUUGAACAAGACCUCUGGCCGAGCCGUACGCCCCAUAUUCGAGAUCCUCCUUCAGCGGUAUCCGACCGCUCAUGACUUGUCUAUAGCGAGCAUCCCAGACAUGGCAGACCUCCUCUACCCGCUCGGCCUCUUCAAUCAGCGUGCCUCCUCUCUCAUCCGCUUCUCGCAGCAGUAUCUCAAUCUCGGCUGGCCAGUCACGACUAGGGAGGGCUCUGCACCACUAUCGAAUGGACACACGCCGCUGAACAGUCCGAUACCUGCUGACCUGGACGUCAAGGUCUUCUACGGGUCUGGGAUCUACGCUUCAGACAGUUUCAGGAUAUACUCGCCCUUACUUCCGGGCGGCGGUGCGACUCACAAGGAGGCGGAAUGGACUGCCCAAUGGGCAGAGGCGGUGAAUGGGAUGCAUCGUGCCGGGAGAGCCUUCGGUGUGACGGGAGUGCGAGAUGCUGGAGUCGAGGCGCUUGCCAGCUAUAUGACCGAUAUCGAUACGGAUCCAGCAGAGGAAGAGUGGCGGAGAGUCAGACCUACAGGUAAAGGAUCGCUCAUCGUAAAGAAAGAAGGUCGCAGCUGA